ACAGAAAAGUCGAACCGCCCGAUUCCCUUAAACCCACCCAGAUAAAUAGGUCCGACCUCUGAUCCCGAACGGCCGUUGCCGUCCCUUUUCAACCCCGACGCGGCGAGUUGGCCAGCCACGCACCGCCGCCAAAUCCUCCUCUGCAAUUCAGUUGAAGGAAAGCCCUAACCACCUUCAUACCCGCCGCCGGAGGGAGAGAGUACCCCCCGAGCCCGACAACAUGGUGCUCGCGCAGCUCGGCGGGAGCAUCACCCGCGCGCUGGCGAAGAUGAGCAACGACACGGUGAUCGACGAGAAGGUCUUCGGCGACUGCCUCAACGACAUCACCCGCGCGCUCCUGCAGGCCGACGUCCAGUUCAAGAUGGUCUGCGACCUGCAGUCCAACAUCAAGCGCGUCGUCAACCUCGAGGCGCUGGCCGCCGGCACCAACAAGCGCGGCAUCAUCAAGCAGGCCGUCUUCAGUGAGCUGUGCAACAUGUUGGAUCCCGGGAAGCCUUCCUUCUCUCCCAAGAAAGGGAACCCGUGCGUGGUUAUGUUCGUUGGCUUGCAAGGUUCUGGUAAAACUACCACGUGUACGAAAUAUGCAUAUUAUCAUCAGCGGAAAGGAUUUAAACCGGCACUGGUUUGUGCUGAUACAUUCAGGGCUGGUGCUUUUGACCAGUUGAAACAGAAUGCAACAAAGGCCAAGAUUCCUUUUUACGGAAGCUACUUGGAGUCGGAUCCAGUGAAAAUUGCUGUUGAGGGUGUUGAGAGGUUCGAGAAAGAAAACUACGAUCUCAUCAUUUUAGAUACAAGUGGAAGGCACAAACAAGAAGCGGCACUCUUUGAAGAAAUGCGCCAAAUUUCAGAAGCAACGCAACCAGACCUGGUAAUAUUUGUGAUGGACAGUAGUAUCGGGCAGGCUGCAUUUGAUCAGGCCCAAGCAUUCAAACAAAGUGUUUCUGUUGGUGCUGUAAUUGUUACGAAAAUGGAUGGUCAUGCAAAAGGAGGUGGCGCACUUAGCUCGGUCGCAGCAACCAAAAGUCCGGUGAUAUUUACUGGAACUGGAGAGCACAUUGAUGAGUUUGAAGUUUUUGAUGUGAAACCAUUUGUUAGUCGUUUGCUAGGCAUGGGAGACUGGUCGGGCUUUAUGAACAAGAUACAUGAAGUUGUACCUGCUGAUCAACAGCCUGAGUUUCUGCAGAAACUGAAUCAAAAAAUCUUUACUCUGAGACUCAUGUAUGAGCAGUUCCAGAACAUUCGUAACAUGGGUCCUAUUAGUCAGGUCUUGUCUAUGUUGCGGGGAUUUCGUGCUGAAUUGAUGCCCCAAGGACAUGAGCAGGAAAGUCAGGCUAAGAUAAAGCGGUAUAUGACAAUUAUGGAUUCCAUGACAGAUGCAGAGCUUGACAGCCCAAAUCUGAAGUUCAUGAAUGAAUCACGAAUUAUUCGGAUUGCUCGGGGAUCUGGCCGGCCUGUCAGGGAUGUCUUGGACAUGCUGGAAGAGUACAAACGGCUUGCUAAGAUCUGUAUCAGUAUGAGCAACAUCAAGCCGCAUAAGAAAGGAGAUAAGAGACCAGUGGUCCGCAACAAUAAUAUUCAGCAAAUAAUCAAUGCCCUCCCACCGCAGGUGCUGAAGCAGAUUGGCGGCGUGGGUGGUUUGCAGUCUCUGGUGAAACAGCUCGACUCAAAAGAUAUGAGUGGGUUGUUUGGGGGUAUGCCAGGUUGCAAUUGGCAAUCUUGAAGGAUCUUGCUUUAGGUGGAUCGUCGACCUGGAUGCUAAACCCAAAGUUUUGAAGCUGGCAUUCGCUCCGCGGUUCAACUUGUCGUCUGAGUUUUACUAGAGGAUACACGUGCGCCAUAUUGUAGAUUGGCUUGUGCAGAGGAUAUAGUGUAUAGCUGCUCAUCGUUCGUAAUGGCAAACCGAGAGAUGGUAAAUUUUCCGAUCAGAAUUAGGAUGCAUUUGUGCCUGUUUCCUACUCUGUUUUCUUUUUUGACAUGUUCGUACUCUGUUCUCCAUUCUUGGAUAAUGGAUACCACGUCGUAAAGAUCAAA